AUGUUCCCAACAACUUUAUUAUUUAUUUUAUUUUGUCUAAAUUUAUUUUCUCGUGAUAUUGAGGCGGAUGAAGAAUCCUUUUACUCGUUAUUGGGAGUUGAACAAGACGCGGAUUUGUUGACGAUUCGAAAGGCUUUUAAAAGUUUGGCUUUGGAGAAGCAUCCAGAUAAGAAUCCGGACGACCCAAACGCCCAUUCAAUAUUUGUGCGUAUCAACCGUGCCUAUGAAGUAUUAAAAGAUGCUGAAUUGAGAAGAAAAUAUGACCAAUUUGGCGAGAAGGGGUUGGAAGAUGGCGGUGGGGGAGAGCAACAUUAUCAAAGCUGGCAGUUUUAUAAUGAUAAUUUUGGGAUUUAUGACGAUGACCCAGAAAUUAUUACUCUUGGCCGUGGUGAUUUUGAAGAGGAAGUGUUUCAAUCGGGAGAGAUUUGGUUUGUCAAUUUCUACUCGGCUUUUUGUUCUCAUUGUCACCACUUGGCGCCAAUUUGGCGUGAAUUGGCUAAAAGAGUACCUGAAGGUGUGGCGAGGAUUGGGGCUGUUAAUUGUGCAGAAGAUCCGGGACUUUGUAGAAGCCAAAACGUAAUGGGUUAUCCUUCUUUGAUUGUUUAUCCGCAACAGGAAUGGUUUCAAGGUUUUAUUGGUAAUAGUUCGGUUUGUACCCCCCUCCCUUUUUUCCUUCCUAAAAGUAUUAUAAAAUGGUCAGUCAGUCAAAAGUUGUAG